GUUAUAUCCGCCGCUAGAGGUCGGUGUUGUUUGUUAAUGCUCAGCGCGAGGCAGUGAGAAGACAAGAGAAGCAGACGCAACAAUGGAGGAAAGCCAGUUCACGCAUGUUUGGACUUCUUCAGAUGUUCCAUAUUGUGACGCACAUUCACAACACAUCAGAGGGAUGACGUAACUCUCAUGUCCCCCACCUGGUUAGCUGGUCAGGCUCCUCCAGGCACCUUUGUUUGUGUGUGCACAAGGAGAGCGCUUUUGGGGAUAAUUGAGCUCGCCUUUAAGAUGCCUGCCGACAUGAUGGAAAAAUCGUCCUCCUCCCCGGUCGCUGCCACCCCGGCAAGCAUGAACUCGACUCCCGAUAAGCCCAAAACAGCCUCGGAGCACAGAAAGUCUUCCAAGCCAAUUAUGGAGAAGCGGAGAAGAGCCCGAAUCAACGAGAGCUUGGGCCAGCUUAAAACUCUCAUCUUGGAUGCCCUCAAGAAAGAUAGCUCCAGACACUCCAAGCUGGAGAAGGCAGACAUCCUGGAAAUGACAGUGAAACAUCUGCGGAACCUCCAGAGAGCGCAGAUGACCGCCGCCCUCAACACCGACCCCACCGUGCUGGGCAAGUACCGCGCCGGCUUCAGCGAGUGCAUGAACGAAGUGACCCGUUUCCUGUCCACCUGCGAGGGCGUCAACACGGAGGUCCGAACGCGGCUCCUCGGACACCUCGCCAGCUGCAUGACGCAGAUCAACGCUAUGAACUACCCGAGCCAGCACCCGAUGCCCCCCGCGCCCGGGCCGACGCAUCCGUCGUUCGCCCAGCCCAUGGUGCAAAUACCCGGCUCGUCCCCGCAGGUGCUGCCCAUGAGCGGCGUACCGUGCAAGGGAGCCCCCUCUCCGGCCACUUUACCCAGCUCGGACGCCACCAAAGUGUACGGCGGCUUCCAGAUUGUGCCUGCCACGGACGGACAGUUUGCCUUCCUCAUCCCCAACGCGGCGUUCGCCUCCAACGGCCCCGUCAUUCCCGUGUACGCCAACAGCCCCGGGACGCCGGUUCCGGUGCCGGCUGCCGUCUCUCCCGGAGCCCCGUCGGGAAACACAGACUCGGUGUGGCGGCCAUGGUGAACGCCGCCAAGGAGCAGAAAGACUCUCACACGUCUUCUCUUUGUUUCUCCAUGAUAGAAAAGUUUUGGUUUUUUUUUUAAUUGUCAAACGGAAAAGAGUAUGCACUAUAUUUGUACAGCUAACAAAGCGAGUAAAGUUCAUAUUGAAAUGAGAUUUGUAUUGUGGAAGUCCGUUCACUGCAUUUAAAAAAAAAAAAAAGAAAAACAACUUCAGUUGUCUUUCCUACUUUUUGAAACCAAAGAUGUUUAUUGCGCUUAUGCCGUUCUUCGUUUUGGAAGACAAAUAAAUUUGUUACUACAUGAAGACACGCA